CUAUAGUCUAAUAUAGUAAACACAAAUCAGCUGUGGGAAUGAUUGAAAUCAGCUGAUGUUACUGUGAAGUGCGAACACAGGUAAAGUUGACCGGAAUUUAGAAUAGAACAGUUGAGAUUGAAAUGUUUACAAAUAUAUAAAUAUAGAUUUAGAAUAUUUAGUGAUAACACUGCACUCAUUGUGAAAGAGAGUUCACCAAAACAGUUCUAAGAUAACAAUGAUGAAAGGCUUGAGAAAAGUUUUUAAUUCUCACAAUUUUCUCCACUUUUCUGUCCUGUAAAUCCGCAAUUCGCUUGUUUGGAGAUUGAAAAAAAUUAAUUUUCAGAUAAAAAACAUGGAUAUCUCUUUCAUUCUUGAUUAGACACAGAUUUUAAGAGUACCAUUGUGAAUCUGACAUGCCACUCUGUACAUGGAGGUUUACUUGAAAUAACGUCUGCACUCUGCAGGCCCUUUAAAGAAUCAGAAUCAUGAAUUCCUUUAAACGAUGGAGUGAAAACCAGUAUGCUGUUGAAGAGCUUUGUUUGUAUCUUCAAGAGAAAGACAUUUCCGCUCUCUGUUGUGUUAGUAAAGCUUGGAGAAAAGCUUUAAACAUCAAUCCUGUCUGGGCCAGGAUAGUCACUGCCAGAGGAAUCUUUAAUCAAUCUUUAAUAUCCAGAGUUAACGAGGAUCUUGGAGAUUCUAGAGUUAAAGAUGAUCCUGGAGAUUACAGAGUUAAAGAGGAUCUUGGAGAUUCCAGAGUUUCAGAGAAUCCUGGAGAUUCCAGAGUUAACGAGGAUCUUGGAGAUUACAGAGUUAAUGGGGAUCUUGGAGAUUCUAGGGUGUCAGAGAAGCCUGGGGAUUCCAGAGUUAAAGAGGAUCUUGGAGAUUCCAGAGUUUCAGAGAAUCCUGGAGAUUCCAGAGUUAACGAGGAUCUUGGAGAUUCCAGAGUUAAAGAUGAUCCUGGAGAUUACAAAGUCACUGAGUUUUCUGGAGAUCUCAAAAGUUUUGAGGAUCCUGGAGAUUCCAGAGUUACUAAGGAUUCUAGAGAUAACAGAGGUUCUGAUAAUCCUGGAGAUUACAGAGGUGCUGAUGAUCCUGGAGAUUCCAGAGUUAACGAGGAUCUUGGAGAUUCCAGAGUUACAGAGGAUACUGGAGAUUACAGAGUUACUAAGGAUUCCAGAGAUAACAGAGGUUCUGAUAAUCCUGGAGAUUACAGAGGUGCUGAGGAUCCUGGAGAUUCCAGAGUUAACGAGGAUCUUGGAGAUUCCAGAGUUAAAAAUGAUCCUGGAGAUUACAUAGUUACUGAGAAUCCUGGAGAUUACGGAGGUUCUGAGGAUCCUGGAGAUUACAUAGAUUCUGAGAAUUCACAAAGCUUGGAGCCCUCUUGUUAUUGGGCCAGGGUUCUACAGUAUAGCGCAAAACUUAGGCAUCGGUGGAGAAAUGGAGAAGGAGUUAAAACUUCUUUUUUAAUUCCAGAAUGUGUCAAAUCAUCCAAAAUUGCUUGCUUUGAUGCAGACCCUGAUUUCCUGGCUGUAGGGACAGAAACUGGAUAUUUACUUGUCUUCAGUACAAAAUCAAAACAAUUGCAGUACACCAACAUUGUCAAACAAUCAAAAAUUGAGAAGUUGUAUGUGAGGCAUUCAAAAAUAGUUGCCGUGCAGUUCGGCUUGAUUCAAGUUUAUAAUAUCUCUUCUGAGCUGAACUUUAUAUUUUGUAAAUCCAUUGAAUCCCAAACUCAAAGAUCAGAAAACUCUCUUGAUCCGUUCCACGUUCCAAAAGUUAGCAUUCAGCAGAUGCGAAGCAGAUAUGGAAGAAAUGGAGACGUUGACAUAUCCAAACUAGAUCUAACUGUAUCUGCCAUAGGAGAUCAGACAUUGGGUUUAGUCAAGUCUGGAGAAACUUCAUUUUAUGUCUACAGUUUGGAAACUGGAGACUGUAUGAGCAGAGUUGAAUCUGAGAAAGAUGAAAAGAUAUUGAAAAUUGAACUUGUUCAUGUUCCAGGAUCUGAGGAUCUACUAUAUGCAGCAGUUGAGGAUACAAAUCAUCACCUAUCUGGAAUCAUGUUUGAUAUAAAACAGAAAUGCAAAGUGUGGAAAAUUGAUCUUCAUGCAUAUUUCAACUAUAAACUAUUUGCUAUGUCGACUCAAAGAGGUUUAUUGAUGUUUGGAAGAAAUGACACAGAUUCUUAUCCAUAUACAUGGACAUGGAAAUCCUGGUCCUAUCAGGGUAUAUCCGAGUAUAGUUAUGAGUUUGAGACAGAAUAUGACAUGUAUCUAGCAGACUGUAACAAGGAUGCUGUAAUAACUCCUCAAGAAAUGACAUAUUUAUUUGCUGGAGAUUCAACUCUAGUAUUUACCCAUAGAACCCAUCGAGGGAUUUCAACGCUAGCCUACAGUUGGCCGGGACAAUCUACCAAGCUCUGGAAGAUCAGUAAUAAGUCAGGAAUUAGAUCCGAGGCAAGUGUUCCUUUAUGUGGCUCUGAUAUGGCUGGACUUGUAGUUAUAGGCCAAGGAGAUUCCAGAUUAGAUUUAAGAGAUUUAAAAACUAGCAGGCUGGUCACACAAAUAGACCUUGAUGGACCCUUCACCAACCUCUGGGCGAACGAUCUCAAGAUUGUAGCGAUCAAUAAAGAUCUCAGCGCUGAUCAUCCUGUUUCAAUUAUUUCGUUUGAAUAAAUUUCUUUUAUGUUGUU